AGAUGACAAAAUAACCGAAAUGAAGAAAUAUAAACAGCAGGUAAAAGAUGGGAAAGAAAAUUCAGGUUUCAUUAGUCAUAUUGUCGAUGAAAAGCCAAUAUUCAUUCACUACAGUUUUACCCAGUAUUUUGCUGCACUUUUUUAUUUCAACAAUGUAAAAAGGGAAAAAGUAAGGAAAUUUUUUUUUGAUCAGAUUUAUGGAAAGAAGCAAUACUUAACCUCUAUUUUCUUUGAUUAUAUGGUAACUGACGGGGAAACUAACUGCGAGGUGCAUAUUGCGGUUUUAAACAGCGAUGAAAAGGAGGUAAGGAAAUUAUUAACAAAUGCAGACAAAGUAAAAGAUUUCAUUAAUGCUAGAGAUAGGAUAGGAAGAACAGCACUUCAUGUAGCUGCUGCAUAUGGAUACUAUGAUGUUACCAUGACUUUAUUAGAGCACAGAUAUAGUGUUGCUGCUGAAGACCUUUUCGGAUGGAAGCCUAUAAGAUAUGCUGAUAAAAAUGGUCAUUGGGAUAUUGCCGAUUUACUCUUAAAAAAUGGAGCAAAUAUUGAUGACAUGUGUGAAACAAUGAAUCAAUUGCUUCUUGCUUCUGUAGCUAAAUUACCAGUAAAAACCUUAUUACACAAAGCAGCAGAAAAAGGAUUAUUAACACUUCUCAAUGCUCUGUUAAAAAGUAAAAGCAAACUUAUAAAUAAGUCUGAUAUAAGAGGACAGAAACCUCUUCACUAUGCUGCUAAUAAGGAUAUCGCCGAAAUUUUAAUAACAAACGGCGCUGAUAUCGAAGCUAAAAACUAUCGGGGUGAAACACCAAUAUUCUUAGCUAAUAGUGAGGAGGUAGUUAAGUUUUUGAUUAAACAGGGCGCUGAUCUUGAAGCAAGAAACAGGAGCGGUGAUAUAUUUCUGCACAAGACAGUUAAAGAGAGUAGACAAGAGAUGGUAGAGCUAAUAAUAUCUCACGGCGCUAAUAUUGAAGUUAAAAAUAAGGAUAAUAGAACACCUCUGUUUUUUGCUAAUAACAGGGAGGUAGUCGAUCUUUUAAUUUCAAACGGCGUCGACGUUAAAGCUGAAAGUAGUAAUGGAGAAACACCUUUGCACGUAGCUGUUGCAAAAACAAAAGAGAUGGUCGAGCUUUUAAUAUCACAUGGAGCUGAUAUUGAAGCUAAAAAUAUACGUGGAGAGACUCCUCUGUUCUUUGCAGAUAGUGAGGACGUAGUUGAAUUUUUAAUUGAAAAAGGUGCUGACAUUAACGUUCAAAGUAGCCACGGAGAUACACCUCUGCAUGAAGCUGUUAGGAGAAGUAAGGGAAUUGUCAAGCUUUUACUAUCACACGGUGCUGAUAUUGAAGCUAAAAAUAGCUUUGAGGCAACACCUCUCUUCUAUGCUUAUAGAAAAGAAAUAGUCGAAAUUUUAAUUUCCCAAGGGGCAAAUGUAAAUGCUAGACAUAGAUUGGGGAAUACGCCUCUGCACGAAUGCCUCAGAGGAAGUAAGGAGAUUGUCGAAGUUUUACUAUCACAUGGUGCUGACAUUGAAGCCAAAGGUUUCGAUGAUAAAACACCAUUAUUCUAUGCUGAAAGAAAUGAAAUAAUCGAGUAUUUGAUUUCACAAGGCGCCGAUAUUAAUGCUAAAGACAGAUAUGGACAUACAGCUCUGCAAUAUGCUCUUAGGUGGGGACGAGAAAAAAUGGCCGAGCUUGGCCUAACUCCAUUGGAAUUUUUUAAUACUCUAUUGGUGCCCAAUGCAUAUUAGACUCGUUUUCUUUUCAAAUAAACAUUUAAAAGUAUCUUGUUUUGGUUGCCAAUUACCAUGUUGUAUUUAAAUGCUGCUGUAUAUCGUGUUGCUUAUGAUGUUGUAGAUGAAAAAUUAAAUUAAAUUCUUAAAAUUUAAACUAUACAUUGCUCCUUUGUAGCUACAUAUAAUAAUGUGCCGUGUCAGGUGGAAGCAUUGUUUAAAGAUAUCAUCCAAUUUUUUUUUAAAUUUAAAUUGAAGAUUAAAAAAACUAAAUAAUAAAAAUCUCACAGUAAAUAAAAAAGUGAGAGUAGAAAUGGAUAUAAUCCAUUGGAGAAA